AUGGAAAUUGAUUUACAAUGUCUAAUUAGAGCAUUAAAAUAUUUUACAAAAACAGAAGAUGGUGAAUUAAAUGAGAAUGACAUUAAUAUAAUUUUUAAUAAAAUUCUUUCACAAAAUAUGAAGCGCCAAGAUAUAAAAGAAUUAAUAAAAAAUAUAAAGUCCUCUAUGCAUGAAAACCGUUCAAAUUAUAUUGACGAUUAUAUUUUAAUACCAUCAAUGCUGAAUAUUCUUAUAAAUACACAAUUAGCGAAAUGUGAUAUGAAUAUACUUUUUAAAGAUUUAUUUUCUUGUAUUCAAAAAAAUGGAGAAAUAGAUAAAGACAGUUUAAAAACAUUUUUAAAUUUAUGCAAUAAUAAUUCUUCAAAUGGUUCAUCAUUAUGCUUAGAUAAAUUCCAUUUCAAUUCCGAUAAUUUAAGCAAGGGAAUAAAUUAUGAAGAAUUUGUAAAUAUAAUGAGGAAUUAUUUAAAAGAAGCAUAA